AUGGUUGAAGCAAAGCCUAAAACCGAGAAGGAGCUGAAGAAGGAAGCUGAAAAAGCUGCCAAGUUAGCUAAGUUUGAGGAAAAACAAAAGAAGUUAGCGGAGAAGAAAGCUCAAGAGAGUCUCAAGCCAAAAGAGGAUAAGCCGAAAAAGGAAGCUAAGAAGAAAGAAAUCUUAGAAUAUGUAUCCGACAUUGCUCUCGGCGAGAAAAAAGAUGUUAGUGGCGAGAUGCCUUCUGCUUACAGCCCUAAGUAUGUAGAAGCCGCUUGGUACGAAUGGUGGGAGAAGCAAGGGUUCUUUAAACCCGAAUAUGGUGGCAGAGACUUGAAGAAGCCAAAUCCUAAAGGAAACUUCACUCUUUGUAUUCCUCCUCCAAAUGUUACUGGCUCUCUUCAUGUAGGUCAUGCUUUGGCUACAUCAGUGGAGGAUUGUAUGAGCAGAUUCAAUAGAAUGAAAGGGAAAACUACUCUUUUCAACCCAGGAUGCGAUCAUGCAGGAAUUGCUACCCAGGUUGUUGUUGAAAAACGACUUCAACGUGAACAAGGAUUGUCUCGUCAUGAUCUUGGCCGUGAUCGUUUUAUCCAAGAAGUUUGGAGAUGGAAGAAUGAGAAAGGAGAUGUUAUUUAUGAUCAGCUCCGACGAAUGGGUGCGUCUGUUGAUUGGGAUCGCGCUGUAUUCAUGAUGGAUCCCAAAAUGAUGAGAGCUGUAACAGAGGCAUUCGUAAGAAUGCAUGAAAGUGGAACUAUAUAUAGAAGUAACCGGCUCGUAAAUUGGAGUUGUGCACUACGCAGUGCUAUUUCUGAUAUCGAAGUAGACAAGAAGGAGUUAACUGGACGCACUCUUCUGCCUGUGCCUGGUUAUGAUGAAAAAAUUGAAUUUGGUGUCAUCCUCUCCUUCGCCUAUAAAAUCAAGAACAGUGAUGAAGAAGUCAUUGUAUCAACCACUCGUAUUGAAACCAUGUUAGGAGAUUCUGCUAUUGCCGUUCAUCCCGAAGAUGAGAGAUACAAGCAUCUCGUCGGAAAAACUUGUGUUCAUCCUUUCGUGGAUCGGGAAUUACCCAUUGUUGCCGAUGCGUUUGUUGAGAGAGAUUUUGGUACUGGUGCUGUGAAAAUCACUCCUGCUCAUGACCACAAUGAUUACGAGGUUGGGCAACGCCACAAUCUACCAUUUAUCACUUGCAUAACGGAUGAUGGCUUGAUAAGUAAAAACUGUGGACAGUUCUCCGGAAUGAAACGCUUUGACGCAAGAAGAGCUGUUACUGAAGCACUUAAAGAAAAAGGUCUGUACAGAGACAAGAAGGACAAUGCUAUGGUUGUCCCUGUAUGCAGUCGUUCAAAAGAUAUCAUUGAACCGAUUCUCAAGGCUCAGUGGUAUGUGAAAUGUGACCACAUGGCCGCCAAAGCCAUGAAGGCUGUUGAAGAUGGAGAACUGAAAAUAAUUCCUGAGUUCCAAGUUGCUACCUGGAAUAGAUGGCUUCAGAGCAGUCGUGAUUGGUGUGUUUCACGUCAGUUAUGGUGGGGUCACAGAAUACCUGCUUACUUUAUCACGAUUAAUGAUGGAAAGACUGAAGCUGGAGAUCCUUGUGACGACAAAUACUGGGUUUCAGCUCACACUGAAGAAGAAGCUCUCCAAAAAGCUGCUAAGAAGUUUAAUGUUGACCCGAAAAUAGUAACACUCAAAUGGGAUGAGGAUGUGUUGGAUACAUGGUUCUCUUCUGGCAUGUGGCCUUUCGCCAUUUUCGGAUGGCCUAACGAAACAUUAGAUCUAUCAGCGUUCUUCCCCGGGCACAUGCUAGAGACCGGUGGAGAUAUUCUCUUCUUCUGGGUAGCUCGUAUGGUUUUCAUGAGUCAAGAGCUCACUGGAAAGAUUCCAUUCAAGGAGGUAUACUUGCACCCUGUUGUGCGUGAUGCUCAUGGACGAAAAAUGUCGAAAUCUCUUGGAAAUGUCAUCGAUCCUCUCGAUGUUAUUCGAGGAAUAUCCUUGGCUGAUCUUAAUAAACAACUGUUAAAUGGAAAUCUUGAUCCUAAGGAAAUUGCUGUUGCUCAAGCUGGUCAAGCUAGAGAUUACCCUCAAGGAAUUCCAGAAUGUGGAACUGAUGCUCUGCGAUUUGCUCUCCUGGCUUACUCUAGUCAAGCUCGUGAUAUCAAUUUGGACGUUCUCAGAGUACAAGGAUAUCGUUUCUUCUGUAAUAAGAUUUGGCAAGCUGUUAAGUUCACUCUUAUGCAGUUAGGAGAAGGAUACAAAGCUUCAGCUGAGUUCAAGCUCAGUGGGAAAGAAUCUGCUAUCGAUAAAUGGAUCUUAUCUCGUUGUGGUUAUUGUGUCAACCAAUGUGAUACUGGGUUGGCUGAACACAACUUCACACAGGCUACAACGGCUACUUAUAACUUCUGGCUCUAUGAUUUAUGUGAUAUUUAUCUUGAGGCAAUAAAGCCUGUCAUAUUCACAGGAACUGAUGAGGCACGAGAUGCAGCCCGAGCUGUUCUUCUUCAUUGUGUUGAAACGGGUCUCCGUCUCGUUUCUCCAGUGAUGCCUUUCAUUUCCGAAGAGUUGUGGCAGAGAUUACCUCGCAAACAAGGGGAUGCUCCCUCAAUCGUUGUUGCUCCUUAUCCAGAGUCAUCAGAGUAUCAAUUAGUAGAUGAAAAGCUCGAAGCUCAAGUUGGCUUCGCCUUUGAUGCUGUGAAAACUAUUCGCUCUCUUCGCUCUGACUACGACCUUACAAACAGAUCUAAGGCUGAUAUUUAUCUUUCCGUUGCUGAUGAAGAAGAUGGCCAAACUCUCAAGGACCUUUCCAGUGUCAUAGCAACUCUCGCUUCAAGUAACAAGGUUUCUGUGAUCAAGCCAUCCGAACAACCUCCAACCGGUUGUGCCCAAGUUACUUUAUCUUCACGGUGCACAAUAUUCAUUUUACUGGAAGGUGUCAUCGACUUCAAAAAAGAAUUGGCUAAACUAGGAGAAAAAAUUUCCAAGAACGAACAAGCUGUUCAAAAAAUAACUGAGCUUGAAAAUGGGGCAGACUAUUCUAGCAAAGUUCCUCUUGGAGUACAAACCAGUAAUGCAGAGAAGAAAUCUGCUUUGGAAGGAGAAUUGAAGAACUUGCGCGCUGCGGUUGCUGCUCUUUCUCAAUAG